AUGUCCGAACUCCAGGACGUAAUGCGAGACUUACUCUUGCAAAGUCAAUUCUCCGAUAUGAAGAUUCUUUGUCAAGGAACUACUUUCAAAGUUCACCAAGCUAUUGUUUGUACUCAGUCAAGCUAUUUCUAUAGUGCGAUGUGUGAUGGCUUCAAGGAAUCCACCGAGAAAGCUAUCAAUAUCCAGGAUGACAACCCAGAGACCAUUGAGCGUGUUCUGUCCUUCCUCUAUCUCAGAGAUUAUAGCGAGGAUGGACACAUAUUUCAAUAUCAACCCAUUUCAGAGCUUGCCAACAAAGAGUCUGACUCAUCUCUUUCAGUAAACAAGCCAGAAAACACAGAGCCAGAAAACAUAGAGCCAGAAAACAUAGAGCCAGAAAACAUAGAGCCAGAAAACAUAGAGCCAGAAAACAUAGAGCCAGAGAAUCAACCUGCUUUUGACAAUAUUGAAGUAUUUAUCGCAGCUGAUAAAUACGGAAUUAUUCCAUUGAAGACUCUGGCUACCUCGAAGUUCUCUCGAUGGGCGAACGCAAGCUACGGCUCUCCAGUGUUCCACGAAGUGAUCGAAAAGGUUAUAACGCAUAUUUUCGACCUUAUCAAAGUCCCAGAGAUAGUUCAUGUCUUGGAUUCUUUUGGAUAUCUUGGGUCCUCGGUUAUUGCUAGAUCAGUCAGCACCGGGAUGCCGUCGCUGUCGGCAUUGCUUGAAGGAUUUUAA